GUGUUUAACAAUCCAGUAAUUUACGUCAACUAAAAAUGAAAAAACAUUUUAUUAUUGAAAUUGAUAACUAGUAUUGUAUGUUAUUGGGUCUUUAAAAUAGGGUGAAUAAUGAACAAUUAUUUCGAGGGAAAGUUACAAUUCAUUUUUGAAGGCGCUGUAAUCGUGACGCACGGAAACUAACAAUGGCGUAUUCGGUGAACAUCUCUGUGGAAGCACCGAUCGAGAAUCAGAUCCAAGAAAUUACGUACGAUGGUCAGGAAAUUUAUCAGGCACCCCUUACAUUGUCAGAGAACCUGGCAAAGAUCGCACAAAAAAUCGACUUUAGCAAAACCAAUGGAGAGGAUGUUAAAAAGGAGUCUGAAAGUGGUGAAAAGGGAGAGGACGAUACAAAGGAUUCGGCACCCUUCCAGUCCUCUUUAUGGCCAUGGGACAGCGUUAGAAAUAAACUGAGAAAUGCAUUAACAGAAGUAUGUGUCCUAGCAGAUGUUCUUGCUAUAGCAAAAGAGAAACACUAUAUGGUUCUAGAUCCGGUAUCCCAAGAACCAGCUGAAGUAAAACCCAUGAUACAAGUAUAUGCUAGAAAAAAAGCAUUGGCUGGAGCUGCUUCUGUGAUUAUGAUGGGUGCAGAUAGAUUAAAAAAUUGUCAGAAUGAAUUAGCUAGAAAUAGAUCAACACCCGACUUCCAUAUCGAAUUAUUAAGACUAAGGCAAAAUUGGCGUUUGAAAAAAGUUUCUAAUUCGAUUAUCGGCGAUCUUAGUUAUAGAACAGCUGGUUCCAAGUUUCCUCAAACGGGCAUGUUUGAAGUAACGAAGGCAGAAGAGGAAGAAAAGAGCAAUACCAGUCCCCCAGCCUCUCCCAGUGCUGGUAACAAUACAUCUGGACAAGCUCACCAUCCUUCCAAUCCAAAAGCUUCUGCAUUGCGUGUUACUAUUCCUAGCGAAUUGCAAGGUGUUGCUUAUAUAGAAGUAUUAUGCCAAAAAGAUCAAGAGGAUCUUUGUAGUGCGAAUAUUAAUUUACUUAAUAAUAGUGCUCACAGUUCGAAUGCAGACAUGCAUUGGCAACAAAAAUUAGAGGCUGCUCAGAAUGUUCUUUUCUGCAAGGAAUUGUUCAGUCAAUUGGCAAGGGAGGCAGUGCAUUUGCGUGCACCUAUACCUCAUAUGGUUGUUGGAAAUCAAAUAAUGGCAACGGUACUCCCUGGAAUUCAGCUGAUCAUAGGACUCUGCCAUAGUACCGGAAACGAUAAAAAACCGACUGCUCCUCCACCUCAUAAAAGCGAUCACGAUCAUGUGCUUGAACAUUCGUUGCAUCAGUUGCUUCGUGAAGUGCAUCAUAAGAACACUCACCAUCCGUUUCCACAUCCUUCAUCAGGUCCCCUUGGGCCUAGCAAACGAAGAUGUCUAGCUGGUCCAACAGCAGCUGAUAGAUACGAACUCCUAGAAAUGACAAAAAGCCAUACUCUGUUAGAACAAAUAAUUCAACAAGCUCAACACUUUUUUAUGCGUCUGCGUACAGAGUAUGUUCUAGACACGAUAGCAAAGGAAGUGAAAGAUCCUUUGAUCGUUUCUCACUGGAAUGCAUUGAACUCUCCGACGCAAUCGUGCGUUAAAAUUAACAUUCUAACACAUGGAUACGAUAGCGUAUGCAGAACGUCGCUUGUUGUCCACGUCGGAGAGAAGUCAUUAAAAUGCGUUUGCAGAGACGGUAGAGUGAUGCACAUGAGUUAUGAACCCCAAGAACUAAGGGAUCUAAUUUUCUGUCAGAUAUAUCAGCAUCAAAUAACUGCAGUACAAGCGCUAGCUAAAUGUAUGGGUUGGCAAUUUUUAGCAAACAGUUCGCAUCUUGGUUUGGGAGCUGUGGAACCUUUAGGGAAUGCUAGCAGUUGUAUUUUAGCAUCGCCAAUAGGCGACAGGAUGAUUGCAGUGAGGUGCGAGCCACAGACAGGAAUACAAGUAGCAAUAGCCCAUUCCCCAAGAAAAGAUUUUUUUCCUGGACAAUUAGUUAGAGAAAGAAAAUGGGAAAAUCUUGGCGGCUCGUUCAAAGAAGUUCGGUGGGAUAAAAUGGAAGGAAAGAACUUUUUAAAUAAAAUGGAACUGCUGAUGUCUUCAUUGACAAGCUCGUAAAUUUAAUCGAUGAGUGAUUAGGAAUCCAUUUGCUCCACAGGGUGAAAGGUCAUGAAUGUACUUUUAGAUUUUUAUCACGAAACUGAUAUGCAAAAUACAUUUCUUAAUUGUACAAUUGAACGGUGCACUUGUCGAGUGAGAUCUCUCCUGUCUGUGAUUAAUAUCAUUUUCCAUCUUGAUAUAUUUUUACCGGUUCAAGUAUCUAUCUUUCUCUCAACAUUUCUUCCUAUUUCUUUUUCUAAUAAAGUAAUAUUUAAAAUAUGUUUA